AGAUGUAUACAAAUCACUCCGCCAACCAAUCACCUUCGAGUUGAAAUGGAAAUAGGAACCAAAGGACCAUCACCUCCACCAACUGAUCAUCCAUCUCCACCAACUGAUCAUCCACCUCCACCAACCGAUCAUCCACCUCCACCAACUGAUCAUCCACCUCCACCAACUGAUCAUCCACCUCCACCAACAGAUCAUCCUCCCGAUGAUUUGAAUCGAGUAAAUGAAGCACAAAGAUGUAUACAGAUCACUCCGCCAACCAAUCACCUUCGAGUUGAAAUGGAAAUAGGAACCAAAGGACCAUCACCUCCACCAGCUGAUCAUCCACCUCCACCAACUGAUCAUCCACCUCCACCAACUGAUCAUCCACCUCCACCAACUGAUCAUCCACCUCCACCAACUGAUCAUCCACCUCCACCAACUGAUCAUCCACCUCCACCAACAGAUCAUCCACCUCCACCAACCGAUCAUCCACCUCCACCAACUAAUCAUCCACCUCCACCAACUGAUCAUCCACCUCCACCAACAGAUCAUCCUCCCGAUGAUUUGAAUCGAGUAAAUGAAGGUAUAUCUCCUAAAGGUGUUGAGCGGGGCAGACGAGAUGGGAAUGGGGAUACAGAUACUUACGAAACUAUAAAUGAUGAUAUUCCAUUGCCUUCUAACUGGAUGACGUUUUUGAAAAAUAGACAAAACAAGCAUAUGCUCUGUCGUGUCAAUGCUGAUUCCUUGGAAGAGCAGCAUUGUAAAGCUUUAGGUAUAGUUAGAAAAGCUUCAUGGAAAGAUAAAGGUGUUGACAAAAACACAGGCUAUAAUGCCGAUGAUGAUGAGGAGGAGGAGGAGGAUGAUGAAGAUGAUAUUGAUGACAGGGAGGAUGAUAUUGAUGACAGGGAAGAUGAUGACAUUGAUGAUUAUAUUUCCGAAGACAUGUGUACUAUAUUUAGUACUGAUCAUAACAAUGAUAAAGUCAUGAACGUCUUAACAGAAUCAGAUAGCUCUGAAACUGAAUUUUUCUGA